CAAGGCCAGUCUACUGCACGGCUCACUCGACGACCAGACUUCGAUUGGUUAACACCCAGUUCUACGACGUUUGAGAUUGUCCCUGUUGACUCGAUAUCAUGCCGCCGAAAGCCAGCGGAAAGGCCGUGAAAAAAGCCGGCAAGGCCCAGAAGAGCAUCAGCAAGACUGAUAAGAAGAAAAGGAAGAAGAGGAAGGAGAGCUAUGCUAUCUACAUCUAUAAAGUGCUGAAGCAAGUACACCCGGACACCGGAAUCUCCAGCAAAGCUAUGAGCAUCAUGAAUAGUUUUGUGAACGACGUAUUCGAGAGAAUCGCUGCUGAGGCAUCUAGACUGGCACACUACAAUAAAAGAUCGACGAUCACUUCUCGUGAGAUACAGACGGCCGUCAGACUGUUGCUACCCGGCGAAUUGGCCAAGCACGCAGUCAGCGAAGGUACAAAAGCAGUGACAAAAUACACCAGCUCCAAAUGAAUUCGACGCCUAUCCACACGCAUCGGCCCUUUUCAGGGCCA